AUGGACAAGCAUUUGAUUGACGUAGUCAACCGGCUCCAGGAUGCGCUGGGGUCACUGGGUCCUAACACGGCUGUGGACUUGCCACAAAUCACCGUUGUGGGAUCGCAAUCCAGUGGUAAAUCGUCAGUUCUGGAGAACAUCGUCGGGCGCGACUUCCUCCCCCGCGGGUCGGGCAUCGUUACCCGUCGCCCCUUAGUUCUUCAGCUGUCGAACCGCCGCCCUCCUACCGACGAAAAUCCUGAAAUUGGCGACAAUGGUGAGAAUCCUUAUGAAUGGGGUGAGUUUUUGCACGUGCCCGGGAAAAAGUUCUUCAAUUUUGACGAGAUUCGCACUGAAAUUGAGCGUGAAACAGACGCCACUACUGGCAACAAAGGCAUUUCGGCAAAGCCCAUCAAUCUGCGCAUUUUCUCCCCAAAUGUGCUAACUCUCACAUUGGUAGACUUGCCUGGUCUCACUAAGGUGCCCGUUGGCGACCAGCCCAAGGAUAUUGAGAGACAAAUCAAGGACAUGGUUCUGCAGUACAUUUCCAAACGCAACGCAAUCAUUCUUGCUGUCACUGCUGCAAAUACCGAUUUGGCGAACUCUGACGGAUUACAGCUCGCCCGUGAGGUUGAUCCGGAAGGUAAUAGAACUAUCGGUGUGUUGACAAAAGUCGAUCUCAUGGAUAAAGGUACGGAUGUGCUGGAGAUCAUGACUGGCAAGAUUGUUCCUCUUCGUUUCGGAUACGUACCUGUUGUGAACCGCGGUCAGCAAGAUAUCAAUCAGAAAAAGAGCAUCAAGUCCGCCUUAGAAAACGAACGCAAGUACUUUGAGAACCAUCCGGCGUAUCGGGCCAAGGCUCAGUACUGCGGCACUCCCUAUCUUGCCAAGCGUCUCAACAGCAUUUUGCUCAACCAUAUUCGCCAAACGCUGCCAGAGAUCAAGAAUCGUAUCGAUCAGAGUCUCAAGCGUUACCGCCAGGAGUUGAUCGAACUCGGCCCUUCCGAGCUAGGUUCGUCUUCGAGCGUGGUGCUAUCGGUGGUGACAGAGUUCUGCAACGAGUACAGGUCGGUUCUUGAGGGUCAAGGAACCGAGGUUUCUACCCAGGAGCUCAGCGGUGGUGCGCGUAUUGCGUUUGUCUUCCACGAAGUGUUUUCAAACGGUAUCAAGGUGCUGGACCCGUUUGACCAGAUCACUGAUACAGAUAUUCGAACUGUUUUGUACAACUCGUCGGGUGUAAUGCCGGCUCUAUUUGUGUCUUCGAAACCAUUCGUGUUUUUGAUGCAACGUCAAGUCAAGCGCUUUGAAGAGCCGGCUCUCAAGUGCAUUCAGCUUAUCUACGACGAGCUUGUACGCAUUUUGAACACCAUUUUGGCGAAGCCUCAGUUCCAGAGAUACCCUGAGCUCAAGUCCCAGGUGUCUGCCUGCUUUAUUAUGUUUCUGCGUAAGGCACUUAUUCCUACUACUGCUUUGGUCAAGGAUAUUAUCGGCAUGGAAGCUACGUAUAUCAAUACUGCCCACCCCGACCUCAUCAAGGGUUCACAAGCCACUGACAUUGUGGGCCAGAGGAUCAAGGUCACGAAAACCGCCAAUGUUGAUCCCAAAACUGGCAAGCAAACCUCCAAGUCGGAGGCAGUGGCGGUGAGCAAAGAGGAUAUCGAGGCCCCAGGUCCGUUUGGUGGGUUUUUCGGCAACCUUUUUUCAUCCCGCAAUAAGAAGCGUUUGGUGGCCAUGGAAACGCCCCCCUCAACGCUCAAGGCCAGUGGUAAUAUGAACGAGCGCGAACUUAUGGACGUGGAAGUUGUUAAACUUUUAAUCAACUCAUACUUUGCAAUUGUUCAACGCACGAUCACCGAUUUGGUUCCGAAGGCUAUUACCUUCAACCUUAUUUUGGCCUCAAAAGAAGAGAUCCAAAAAGAGCUGUUGGAGAACCUGUACAACAACGAAGCCCUUGAUGACCUUGUUAAAGAGAAUGCACAUACGAUUGCUCGCCGCGAGUACUGCAACAAGAUGAUUGCUGCUCUCACUGAAGCCCAGGCAAUCGUUGCGGGCGUUUAG